ACCAGAGACGGACAGGGGGGUUCGGCGGGCCACACAUCAUCGAUGGUUCACUUGUCUUUCUUUCUACCACACUCGUUGUCAACCUUCUGAUCACACUUUCCCAAUUUCCUUUGCAACUCGACCCUGCUCCGACGUUCUCGCCCUCGCUUGGAUUGCCGGUACAGUCAACGCGCGCGCAAAUACCCGUGCUCUCCGACACGCAUGUUGUCUCUCCUACUUUCUUGACUCUCACCCAUACUUCCUCAUACUCAUUCCUUUCCUUUCCCAUCCGCUUUGAUCAGCCUUGUGUGGUACCCGCCUGAUACUCCCACGCUGGUAUACCAACCACUUUCCUGAUUAAUCUCAUCAACCUCGCCCGUGGAGCAGUCCGCCAGCACCUCGACGUUCUGGCCGGCGUCGCUGGCUUCACGACAUGGAUUCUCGCGCGUCCAGCGCCAUGAACGAUGCUGGUUCUCGCUCGCCUGUUGGGCCAUCAGGACUCAGCACUAUGAAACCUGAAAACGCAGAUAACACUCCACGUGAAAUUAUGAGUGCUUCUCACACCCCAGCUCCUGCUAAUACCGAUCCACCCACGGAGCCAAAUUCACGACAAUCAUCAUCGCGGCCAACGGAUCCGCCAUCGGCACAGGACUUCUCAGAUGUUGCAAUGGGUGACGCCAUGCCUUAUGGUACACGCUCACGCAAUCGUCCUCGACCGAAUUACGCAGAGGAUCAAGACAUGGAUUUCGAAGUCCCCCCGCCACCAGCCAAGCCUGCAUCUGCCAGAAACGCCACGGUUGUUGAUUCGAAGCGCAACCAGCAAGUUGUAACAGAAACCAAAAAGGUCGCCGCGGACCCUUCAAUUGUCCGAGUCAAUGGUGCAGAUCACGAUGAGAGAUCCCCAUCCGUUUCUGGCAAGGAGACGAUCCCAGGAACUUCGUCUUUUCCUACUGCCCCGCCUAAGAAGCGCAAGGCAGCCGGUGCCGCCAAUACGGCCAUUGCUGCAUCGGGAUCUGGUAGCACCACUGCAAAUGUCGCCGCGCAACCUCUUACGAAACAGCCGGCAACUUCAAUUCCUCUAGCAAACAUGUCCCGUGAAUCCAACAUGAUGACUUUUGAGAAAUCGAAGGCAUUUCUGAAGAAAGGCGGGCUUGUGGCAGAUGAUGGCACGACCUUAUACGUUGACGAUCAUGUAUAUCUCAUUUGUGAACCACCCGGUGAUCCUUACUACCUCUGCAGAAUUAUGGAGUUUUUGCACACCAAAUCCGACGACCCGAAAUCCCCCGUGGAUUCGAUCCGGGUGAAUUGGUUCUAUCGCCCACGCGAUGUACAACGCGCCAGUAGCGAUAGUCGCAUUGUCUAUGGUACUAUGCAUUCUGAUGUCUGUCCUCUUACCUCUUUACGCGGAAAGUGCCAGAUCCUUCAUCGUUCCGAAAUCGACAAUCUCGACGAGUACCGCAAAGGCAAGAAUUGCUUUUGGUUCAAUCAAAUUUUCGACCGCUUCAUUCGAAGAUUCUACGAGGUGGUCCCAACUUGGCAGAUUAUCAACGUACCAGACAAGGUCAAACAAGCUCUAGAUGAGAGAUGGAAGUUCAUCGCUGUCGAAAUUAACAGAGUCAAAGAACUCACGGCUGAAGUCAAGCUCUGUAAGAGAUGCACUCAAUACUGUGCAAGCAACGACUCCGUUGACUGCGCAAUCUGCGGCAACUGCUACCACAUGAAUUGUGUCCGGCCUCCACUGCCCAAGAAGCCUACACGUGGUUUCGCUUGGGCUUGCGGUCCAUGCAACCGCGUUACGGAAAGAAGAUUGGAGAACGGCACUUCUUCUGUUGGGGUCGAAGAAGAAGAAGAGGUUUUCGAAGAAGAGGAAGAAGACCCGGCAUUGGCUGCAAGCACUCGAGCACCAAGCCCCAGCGGUCCCGAUGUUGCUACUGAUCAACAUCCCGGAACGCAGGCUGAAAUAGCCAUGGCCAAGAUGUGGCCUUUCCGUUACUUGGGAAUUCACUGCAGGGUCGAAGACGCGCUCCAGUAUGACGAUCGUGCCAUCUAUCCGAGAGCCAGCUCACGCUUGGGACCACGCCAUCAGGCAAAUGUCAACGUGUGGCAUGGCAGACCUGUGGAGCUUGUAAAGCCCGCCGACAUUAAAAAGCGCUUCGUUAAGGGUGGAGGUCAGAAAAAGGACACCAAGCUUACGAAAGAGACCAUUGCAGCGAUUGAGGCUGAUCGGAAGGAACGAGAGAAGAGGCCUAAGUGGAUACAAGACGAACCUACAGGCUACGUCCACAGAGGAGAGGAUUACGACAACGAUGACCCCAGAAACACAGCCAAACUCAUGUUCAAGAUGCCAGAAAAUGACGAACAUGCUCCUGAAUCGAGCGAGGCGUUCAUCGACAACUUCAUGGAACGUGCAAAGGGUACUGCAAAAUCGCUUAAGGUCACAACCUGCGGCUCCAACCUUCUGGAUAAAGCACUCGAGCUUUUGAUCCAAAACAAGUACAACGCGAACAAGGCAAUUGAACAACUAUCCAAGGUCGAUCGCGUCAAGGAUCUCAAGGAGCCCAUACUCACACCAGACGAGUUGAAGAAAUUCGAGGAAGGCGUGAUAAAGUACGGCUCGGAGCAUCGUUUGGUCCGGCUUCACAUGAAGACACAACUGCCAACCUCUACUAUCGUACGCUUUUACUACCUCUGGAAGAAGACACCCCGCGGCCGACAAAUAUGGGACAACUAUGGAGGACGCAAAGGACGAAAGCGUCAGAACAUGGACGCUGCGAGCAAGCUUCAAGCCGAAGUUGCCGACGAUCUAGACGACUCUGCUUUCGACGCCGAAAAAGCUAUCACCCAGAAGAGAGGAUUCCAGUGUAAGCACUGCUCUACAAGACAUUCCCGCCAAUGGCGCAGAGCUCCCGGAAUCACACCUGGUCAAACAGUGCCUUCUGGUGAGGGGAAAGGAAGCAAAGACAAGAGUAAUCGUUUGCUUCUGGCACUUUGUGGUCGCUGUGCUGGACUUUGGAGAAGGUAUGCGAUCGUAUGGGAAGACAUCGACGAAGCCACCAAAAAGGCCGUCCAAGCCGGUGGACGUGCAUGGAAGCGCAAAUUUGACGAAGAAGUCGUUCGCGAGAUAUUGGCCUCCAAUGAGUCCGCAGCAGUCGACCCGGGAUUCAUCAUCCAGUCAGUCGAAGGGGCAGAGCCGCCGAAGAAGAAGGCCAAGAUGGGACUCGAUAGCACCGACAAGAAGAAGGCUCCGAAGCUCCCGACUCCGCCGCCCCCUCCCAUCGUGCCCGAGCAACCCAGAUGGAGAGACCUCCCUUGUUUUGUCUGCAAUGUUCUUGACUCUGCAGGCGAACGACCUAUAGUGUGUUCACACUGCAAACUUAGCGUACACAAGAGGUGCUAUGGUCUCUCGAUUCAAGCUGUACCAGCAAAGUGGGUCUGCGAUCAAUGUACCAACGAUAGGACGCCAACAGUGUCCACUGAGUACAUGUGUACCUUGUGCCCCAUCGAAGAAACCAUUCAAGAGAUGCUCGAAGCACCAAGGGUUACUCACAAGAAAAAGUCAGACCGCGAGCGCGAAAAGGAGAGAUUGGAGAAAGAGCUCAUGGACAGUGUACAGCUGGAGUACAACAAGAAGCAAGCUAGUCUGAAUCGUCCCAGUAACCCCAGAGAGCCACUGAAACGCACUGAUGGCAACAAUUGGGUCCACGUCCAGUGCGCGAUAUGGACGCCCGAGAUUCGAUUCAGCGAAGCCAGCCUUUUGGAAAGAGCUGAGGGAUUCAGCGCUAUCCCGUUAGAGCGCUACGAGGCAACAUGCAAGAUCUGCAAGAAGAACAAUCAUGGAGCUUGUGUGUCGUGUUUGCAAUGUCGUGCCAACUUCCAUGUCGGCUGCGCUAUCCAGGCAGAAUACACACUGGGCUUCGAUGUGACACCGGUCAAGGGGUCGCGCAAAGAUCAAGUCAUAACGGCGACGCUUGGCGAGGAAACCGGUUCACUUACAGCUGCCAUCUGGUGUAAGGAACACGCCGUCAAGACUCCCGUCCACCCCAUCAGCGAGGCUACAGAUGACAAAGGUCAAAACGCCUUACAAGUGUUCGUCGAGAACUACAAACAAGCAGACCCGACGCUUACUGGAACCGCCCGUAAGGCUAACUUGCUGAGUCAGUCAACGAAGCUAGCUUCACAAGCGACUCAUACGAUUUCAACGACGAAUCGCCGGGUCUCUACAGCAAGCAACGUUGUACGAUCCGCGCGCGACUCGCCAGCAGGAGCUUCCAGAGCCGAACAAGCGGAUGGCGCGGGCUCUCCUGAAGAUGAGCUUAUCAAGACAUGUCUCAAGUGUCAGACCGACACCAGCCCGAGAUGGUGGACGACUGAAGAGACCAUGAAGAGAUUACAGGCUCAGCCGUUAGCCACAACGCGCAAAGAGGAUGCUUUCAAAGGCUACAGGUGCAACAAGUGUCAUUUCAAACGGAUUAAUGCUCCGCAAGAAGCUUCGCCAUCGCCGCCCUCUGCACGAAAGAGGGUAUCAUUGUCACCUCCUAAACAAUUUCCUCUCCAGAUCGGAUGGGUCACAGGAAUCGCAAACCAAACCCCACAGCAGCAGCAACAGUCUCAAGCACCCAUGCAGAUAGCACCGUCCCAGCCACAGCCGCAAGCUCCAAUCGAAGCCGUGGGACAAAUGCAACCUCCAGCUCCUCAGGCAUACCCUGGACAAUACCAAUCAUCGCAUUCGCAAGUAAACGGAUAUGCAUCUAGUGGUGUACCAACCUAUGGUCAUGGCACAUCGCCUGCCUUCGUACAGCCUAAUGGUCAGCCUCAAGGUCAGCACCAUCAUGUACCAAUGAGCAAUGGAAUACAUGGAGUGCACCACCAACAUCCUCAGACGCUGCCACCGAUCGCAAAUGGUCAGCAAAGUUCUAACGGCAGCCUCGGACACGGCACUCCACCUGCAGGGUUCCCUCGAGCUGCCACGCCACGUGACGGAUCAGUAGACAUGAGAAACAAUGGGGCAAGCGCGAGUCCAAGUCUGAGAAAUUUGUUGCACUAGAACUUCUCGGACUGCAGAUGAGGGAGUCGAGAUAGUGAUAAUGGUAGUAAUCCUGUUAUGGUUCAUUGAUGGAAGACCAAAGUGGUCGAUAGCUUAUUGCUAGUAAUGCAUACAAUUGCAUCGAACCAAAUGUUAUUAAUAUUCCCAACUUAAUUUU